AUGUCCGCCGAAGGAACCGAUGCGCCGCCGUCCCCGAGUACAACCAGAGAACGGUAUGCGCCGACGACUGCGAGACUCCCCUCCCGUGACGCUCCACCCCAGAAUGCACACGUGGGCUCACGCCUUUCUAGCCUUGCCGUCAGAUGUGCCAGCCUCCCAAACUCGAGCGUGAAUGCGUUUUGCGGUGCUUCCGCUGGCAUCGCCUCUGGCAUUGUGACGUGCCCCCUCGACGUCAUCAAGACCCGCCUUCAAGCUCAGGGAUCCUUCCGCCCACGCAACCUUGCACGGCCGUCGCGUAUGGUCUACAAUGGCCUUGUAGGCACCGCCCGGGUUAUUUGGCUCGAAGAUGGUGUUCGGGGAAUGUACAGAGGCCUCGGGCCUAUGCUGCUAGGAUACAUCCCGACAUGGGCCGUCUACAUGAGCGUGUAUGACUUCUCAAAGGACUUUUUCUACCAGCGUAUAGAGGACAAAUGGCUCUCUCGGGUAUCUGCGUCAAUUACUGCUGGCGCAUGUUCAACUCUAGCCACAAACCCGAUAUGGGUAAUCAAGACAAGGUUAAUGUCCCAAGUGAGCUCCCGCGCAUCGGAAGAACAUCGGCCUCCAUGGCAAUACAAAGGCACUCUUGACGCAUUUCGGAAAAUGUACCAUAACGAAGGUCUAGCGGCAUUUUACUCGGGUCUCGCUCCAGCCCUUCUUGGCCUUACUCACGUUGCAAUUCAAUUCCCGUUGUACGAGUACUUCAAAAUGAAAUUCACCGGACUGGAGAUGGGCCAAACGAUCAAUCAAGACGAAAACGUGCAUUGGGUUGGCAUUCUAGGAGCCACCAUCUUGAGCAAGAUCUGCGCUACUUCUGCUACGUACCCUCAUGAAGUGCUUCGGACCAGGCUCCAGACCCAGCAGAGGUCUCUACCGUCGCAGUCUCAUGAAGAGAUCUCAUUCCGAGGAGGCCACCCCGGCUAUGGUCACCACACUCGACCUCCAGGAACGGCUUCGUCAGACGGCAUGAUCAACAUACCUAGAUAUCGAGGUGUAAUUAGAACUUGCAGGACCAUCCUACAUGAAGAAGGGUGGAGAGCAUUUUAUAAUGGCAUGGGCACCAACAUGGUUCGCGCGGUCCCUGCAGCCGUCACCACCAUGUUAACAUACGAAUCCUUACGGUCAUGGCACCAAAGGCUGAAGUUCGAAGGAGAGGAGAUAGAGCGACAGAGUCGCAUAGAUGGCUAAACAACCACAUACACUGUUAUGGAGGUCAACGGCGCCUCCGACUCGUAGGCGUUGAUUUCGUUAUCGAAGGCGCGAUAUCUGUCCCCAGCAUCUUUGUUUUCGUCUGUACAUAGUCUCAGCAUCACCUUGGUAGGGAAAGUUGGGAUUUGGACGCGUUGGCAGGCAUCGGAGUCUUUGGCGUAUAGACGGGUUAUCAAUGUUGGACUGCGACUGCAAGUUGCUCCCGUGUUUAGCAUGCUUAGGUAUCGCGCCGAUUUCACGGCCUAUCAAUUCAACCGCU